AUGCCUAAUAAUGAUACUCCAUUACAUCGUCGUUUCUUGGGGGAUGAAUUAGACGUUGAAUAUCGAGCCCGUCCUGGGUUAUUUGUUAAGUGGAAGGAGUGGAAUGCUUCUAUUUCCACACGCUUUUAUGCUGUUUUGAAAUUAGUUAAGAUUUUAUCUUCCAUGUGGUUAUCUUCUGGCCUCGAAGUGUACCGCGAUAUUCCUAGCUUAAAUCAAUUGGUAUCGCGCUGGUGCCCCACAACCCAUACUUUUUUAACGAACUGGGGGGAGUUUUCUAUAACGUUGGAGGACGUUUACACACUUCUUUUCUUGCCCAUCUGUGGUACUGCUUCUAUCAUUGCCCCAUUAUCAGAUGAAGAGAAAUCUCUGAUGUCGUCCUUGAAGGCGUUUGUUGAAUCUCUAAAAAAGAAUAAGAAGCAGUUUGACCUUCCUGAUUGGAUAAGACACUUUCAUAAAGAAGAUGGUAGGGAUCUUGUAGAGUUGGCAACAAGCAUCGCUUUGUGGCUAAGUACGUAUGUUUUUCAUCCAAAAAAUCCUAGGACAGUUCAAAGUGAUGUAUUCCCUUUAGCUUGUAAACCUGCAUGUGGGCAACAAAUCCCUUUAGGUGCUCUCUACCUGGGAACAUUAUACCAUAACUUAGACUCCCUAGUUCUUGAAGUAAAUUCAAAGGGUACAAAUAUGACCAGUACAGUCGAUGCAUGCUUUCUUCAAAUGUUUAUUUGGGAGCGUUUCACAAAGCUUUCCCCACCGCGUAAGUGUUUGAAUAGUGAUAACCCUCGUCCUUGGUCAUGGGCUCGUUCUCGCCCGAAGAAGUCAGUAAAAUUGUGUGACAUUAUUGACAAUGUUUCAGAAUUUACCUUUCGUCCGUACCUUACCAACACAUAUAUUUAUUUCACUUUGGACUUGUACCCUGGGGGCGUAGCAUCAUUGACGGAAGAUGUUUGUUUAUCUUUAGAUAUUUCCCCCGGAGGUAUAGGCUUCUGGUUUGCUAUAUGUCUACCUCGUCACAUAUUAUAUUUCCUCGAUAAUGCUAAAUCAGCAUCUUGGUCAUUUACUGUAUAUCGUCCUGGUCAUGUGGCUAGACAAUUUGGUUUUGACCAACAUGUUCCUCAUCAUUGA